CAUUUCCGUCCGUCAUGGCAAAAUAACAAAAUGGCGUUUGAGCUUGUCUAAAGUUUAAUUGUACCUAUUGAGUAGCAUUUUACUUUUUCAGUUCAUUAAAUCGGUAACAAUUUGUGGUACAUUCAAUUUGAUAUCUUAUACAUUAUUAUUAAACAAUAACAUUGAUUUGCAACGAAAUAGCAUUGUAGUGAUUCAUAAAACUGUAUAUUGGUUCGUGUUCCUUUCUGGUUCAUUAGAGUGAAAUUGUAUAGUUGAACCAUGAGUAAUUACGAAGAUGAUCAAAGUGAGGAUGGUGAACUAGCUCGAAGUCCUGUUCAGGAUGAAAUGGAUUUUAGUUUAUCUGAUGAAGAUCGGGACAACGCUGAUUCUUUAGUUAUCAAACCACCACAAGCGGUGAUUCGAUCUCAUCGAGACAAAAGAAGUCACAAGCGAACAGCGAAAGACAGAUAUAAGGAAAGUGUAAGAAAGGAAAAAAAACAUCUUUACAGGGAUCGUGAUAAGUCGGAAAAAACAAAACGUGAAUUUAGUAAAACUUUAGAACGGGAAGAAAUGCCUAAAGAUUACUAUAGGGAGAAGCAAUACUACAGGGAAAAAGAAGCAUACCGGGAAAAAGAUGUGCGGGAAAAAGAAAUUUACAGAGAGAGGGAGAUUAGAGAUAAGGAUAUAUAUAGAGAGAAGGAUGUUUAUCGAGAAAAAGAACUUUAUAGGGAAAGAGAACAUUAUAGAGAACGUGAGAUGUAUCGGGAUAAUGCAUCUUACAGAGAGAGUGGUAGACCCAAAGAAGCAUAUCGAGAAAAAGAAAUGUAUAAAGAAAAAGACAUGCAAAGAGAACGUGAAAUGUAUGUAAAUCGUGAUCGUCAAUACAAAUAUUCAGAAAAUGAUAGAAAACGUAUGGAAACUGAUAGAAUAGAAUCUAGGUUAAGAAUGUUGUCUGAAGAAGGAAGGACACAAAAUAAUGAAAAAGAGAAUAGAGAUAAAACUUCUGGUGACAAGGAACUGGAAGAUUUAAGAACUAGGCUACUUAGUAAAAGAAUAUCAAAAGAGUUACAAAGUCAAGAAACAAAAAAACAUAGUGACUUUGAAAAAGAAACAAAAAAGCAUAUGGAUUAUGAAAGAGAAAAAAAUUCAGAUCGUUAUGUAUCUCUGGACAAACAUCAGCAAGAAAGAAGAAAGAGAUUACUAGAAGCCGAACGAGAAAUGGUGAAAAGAAAGCAUGAGUCUCGGGUUGAGUUAGAGGCUAGGCGUGAAGAGCGUCGGCGUCGUGGUAAGAAAAGAUCUGUUUCGCCUGAAGAGAUGACGAGUAAGAAAAAUAAAACAGAACAUUCACCUACAUGUGAUGAUUCAGUUGUGACAUUGUCGGAUGCCAGCGACAUGGAAAUGAAGAGUGUUUCACCCCAUUCAGAACCAGAAGAAGGUGAACAUACUAACACAGAAACAGAAGAAGAAAGUUCUGACACAGAAACUGAGUCAGAUAGAGAUUCAAAGUCAGAAGUUGAUAACAGAGAAGAGAAAUCGGAGAAAGAUGAUGAGUUAGAAAUUAUUAAUGAAAAAGAGCAAUCUAAUCAAAAUUCUAAGUCACCAGUUUUAUUAAAAUCAAAUAAUCCGAGUCCAUCUUCACAUGGAUCAGUAAGGUCAAGAUCACACUCAAGAUCAAAGAGUAGAAGUCGUUCACAUUCCUUUUCACCUCCUCCUCCUGGAGAAAAUGGAAAACCUCCUGCUGAAGAAGAAAAACCUCAAGAGGAUGAUGAAGAAGUGAGGUUGAGAGAAGAAGCUAUGAAUGCCCUACCACCUUACUUUCCUGCAUUACAGGGCUGUCGAUCAGUUGAAGAGUUUCAAUGCCUCAACCGAAUUGAGGAAGGCACUUAUGGAGUUGUUUACAGAGCACGUGAUAAAACAACAGAGGAAAUAGUUGCUCUGAAACGUCUUAAAAUGGAAAAGGAGAAGGAAGGAUUUCCUAUUACCUCAUUGAGAGAAAUCAAUACAUUGCUUAAGGGCCAACAUCCAAACAUCGUAACCGUGCGUGAGAUCGUGGUCGGCUCGAACAUGGACAAGAUAUUUAUAGUUAUGGACUACGUCGAGCAUGAUCUCAAGAGUCUGAUGGAAACUAUGAGGGCAAAAAAACAAGUGUUUUUACCUGGCGAGGUCAAAUGUUUAAUGACGCAGUUAUUGAAGGCGGUCCAUCAUCUUCACGACAAUUGGAUUUUGCACAGGGAUCUAAAGACCAGCAAUCUCUUGCUUUCACAUAAGGGAAUAUUGAAGGUGGGCGACUUCGGGCUGGCGCGCGAGUACGGCUCGCCGCUGCGCCAGUACACGCCCAUCGUGGUGACGCUGUGGUACCGCGCGCCCGAGCUGCUGCUGUGCUGCAAGGAGUACUCCACGCCCAUCGACAUGUGGAGCGUCGGCUGCAUAUUCGCGGAGUUCAUCACGAUGAAUCCGCUGUUUCCUGGGAAGUCGGAAGUCGACCAGCUGAAUAGGAUUUUUAAAGAUUUAGGUACUCCUUCGGAGCUACUCUGGCCGGGGUACAAGGAGUUGCCCGCUGUACAGAAGAUGACGUUUGCAGAGCAUCCUUCGGGUGGAUUGCGUCAGCGAAUCGGUUCCGAUUUACUAUCCGAAACUGGACAUACGUUACUUCAAGGAUUCUUAACUUAUAACCCUGCUAGGAGAUUUACAGCCGAUGCUGCUCUGGAACACGGAUAUUUUAAGGAGCAUCCCGUGGCGAUCGAGCCCGCGAUGUUCCCCACGUGGCCCGCCAAGUCGGAGGGCAACCGGCGCACCACGCACAGCCCCAAGCCGCCCGCCGGCGGCGCCGCCUACGCGCAGUUCGCGCGUGCGGACACCGACGAGUCGCUCGGCUUCCACGUGCAGAACCGCUCGCUCAACGUCGCACCGGGUUUCUCGCUCAAGUUCUAGCAUCAUGUUACUAGUUUUAGCGAAGUCUAUUUAUGUUUGCACGAAAGAACAAGAGGUCCCGCUCCGAUUGUUAAGUUCAUGAUUAAUUCCACGAGUAUUGUUGUGUUUUCGUGAUCGUAUGAGAGAAAAAAUUAUUUAGUGUUGUCACUGAAUUAAAUUAGUUAAUGAUGUUAUAAUCUAUGACUCAAUCAUAAUUUAUAAUAUGAUUUUUAUUGGAGCACUAUAAAAGAUAAUCUAUGGUAUGACUACAUAUUGCAGACAUAUCAUUACGACUACCUUUUUGUGUGUGUGUGAAUGCAGAAUAUUCAAAAUCUAUUUUUUGCCGUAAACCGACAUAAACCGGUAGUUAAUUUUGUUUAAAAGAUAAUUUAAUAACUUAUACUAAUUCAAAAGGUCGGAAGCCAUACAAACGAAACAUGACCAUUGGUUUAAUUGGCAAUCCUAAGUGAUAUUUAAGGGGUCUUUCAAACAAUUCUUUAAAUCCUCGCUAAAAUUAAAGCAAGCAAUUGAAACUACUAAAAUGUGUUCAUUUCUUACAAUAUACAAGUAUUUGAAUGUUAUAUAAACUUUUGUAAUGACAAUGUAUGUAGCCUGUACCAUUCGCUGUAAGGUGCAAUCAAUUUGGAUUUAUUAUUUGUAAUAUUAGCUCAUAAAAAUAUCAACAUAAAAAAACUUGAAAAAAAAUAUUGAUAUGCAUGUAACGCUAUAAUUUAGUCAUCUAAAUUAAAAGUAAAACAAUAUCUAAUACGAGAGCUAAUUAAUAUUAGAAGUUCAAGUUGUAAUUGUUUGCAAAAUAAUUUUAAAUACGUAAUAUGCUACUCAAUCAUCUGAGAAUAUUGUAAAAAUGAAUUUCUAAAAUAACUAUUUUCAUAUUUUGGAAACAGUAUGUAACUUAAAAAGAAACUAAAUGUUUUAUGUAAUUAGUAACAAA